AUGCAUAGUAGAACAAAUGAAAACAGCGAAAAUGAUGAGCAACGAUCAUUCAAUGUACUUGGCAAACCAUUUCAAAUUCGUAUUAAUGAUCUCGUUCGCUAUCCAAAUACACUUUUAGCGGAUGAUAUUCGUCUUCAAACAUAUUGGCGUCCGAGUCUGAAUGCUUAUUUUUUCUCACGUGAUGUACAUAUAUUUGAACGUAUUAUUUUACCUUUCUACACUUCAUCUAAGUCAUUGAAUAAAAUAAAACGUCCAUCGAUGAUUUCGUUGUCUGAGAAACUUUUUCAAGAAGAAUUGACUUUUUAUAAUCUUUUAGAAUAUUAUCAGUCAGAUGAUAUUUCAAAUCUGUUAUUUGGACAUCAUUCACAAUCUUUAUCAAUCAUCUCUCUUCUCUCUCGUUUACUUAUUCAGAAGUGUAUUUGUCGAUGUAUAAUCGAUUGCAUAUCAUGUAUCUCUUGUGUAAUGGGCAUGUUUGAAAUGAUUCUAUGGCGAUGUCAUCAUCGUUUUAGAAGUCUACUUAUUGGAGAUAUUCUUAUUAGUUUAGUUCUGUUAUGGACUUUGUUUUAUGAACAACAUUCCGAUAAACUAUUAUUUAAAAUCAAAUUUUAUAUGCACAACAAACAUGAAGAAGAGAGAAGUCAAAUCAAAGGAAAAGCACCAUUAAGUGAACCAUUAGUUAUAAUUGCUUCGUUUCAAAGUCCUGUUUUUGUUAUGCAAAUUAUUUUUGCUUCUUUACCUUUUAUAGUUACUUUACUGUCUUAUAAAUAUACAGGCACAUGGUAUUUCAUUAUGGGGCUUGCUUUUCGUCAUUUACUUCUUAUACGUUUAUGUUUAAGAGACAUGUGUCACUUGAUUGAUCUUCUUUAUUAUAGUGGUCAUUCGUCAUUUCGUGUUUUUUCUCAUCUUAUUUUGUUUUUAGCUACUGUGAUAUUCAUGUGUAUUUGGAUGGGCAUCAUACUCUAUGUAACAGAUUCAAGUUCAUUGACAAUUGAUUCGAUAAAUCGUCAUACAAUUCUAGCUCCAUCACGUUAUAUUUAUUUUGUUUAUCAAAUCCUAUUGAAUGUUGGCUAUGGAGAUACAACAGAACAAUCAAUUUUGUCUUUUAUUGUUAUCAUUAUAAUGACACUUAUUGCAUGUCCUCUUUUAAUUACUAUCUAUCAAAAGUUAAUACAAGAAUUAAAUAUAAUAACAACAAAGAUGAUCCAUGUUGAAACAUUACAUCGCAUAUCUUUUAUCGAUUAUUUAACAACACAAAUUGAUAGAUAUCAUCAAUCGAUAGUAAAUUAG